GCAUGCAAAUGAGCGCCGCGCGUGACUCGGGGGGCUCCGCUGCGUCACGGGGGAGGCGGGGCGAUCGCUUGUCUCCGCCCACAUUCGCGCGCUGCCAUCCAUAUAUGGCGGCGAGUGCGCGUGUUUGUGUAUGCAAAUGAGCUUCCGUGACGUCAUGCGGCGCCAUGCAAAUGAGAGGCGCAAGGCUCGACGGGAGCACCUUCGUUGUUUUUUUCCGCCUAAAAAUGAUGUUUUCCCUGCGAUUUUCGGCAGCGCGAGGCUGCUCCGUGCUCGGCUGGCGAUCGGAACCUCGGGGCGUGUUCCGCGAGGGGAUCACGGAGAACGCAGCGCCGCGGGGGCGCUGCCGGGGCUGUGGGCGGGUGAUGGUGGCGUGACCAGCCAGGGACGGGCGGGCGCGGCAUGGCUCCACCUGCCGGGCGAGGAGAACGACACCGGGAAGCCCAGCCGCUGUCACUUCCGCGCCCUACGGCAGCCGGCGGGGGUCAAGCGGCGGCGCUGUGUGAGUGCGUCAGUGCGCGUGUGCGCCACUUCCGGCUGGCGGCGGCGGGAGCACCAUGCCCAAGUGAGGCCGGGCCGGGGGUCCCGGGUGGGGUCCCCGGGUGGGGAUCGCUGCUUCUCGAGGGCCCUGGUGCGCCCCGCGAGCUCAGGGCCGUGAGGGGCGCGGAUGACGGGCGGGCCGAGCGCUGGCGGCCCGCGGGGUCGUUCCCGGGCUCCGUUAACGCUCGCAGCGGGCUCUCAGUGACCAGGCUUUUCCCCGGCAGGUUUUACUGUGAUUACUGUGACACGUACCUCACCCAUGACUCGCCCUCCGUGAGAAAAACCCACUGCAGUGGCCGGAAGCACAAGGAGAACGUGAAGGAUUAUUACCAGAAAUGGAUGGAGGAGCAAGCCCAGAGCCUGAUUGACAAAACAAUAGCGGCUGCAUUCCAGCAAGGGAAAAUUCCACCGACGCCGUUCUCGGCACCACCUCCGGCCGGAGCCAUGAUUCCACCUCCUCCCAGCAUCCCUGGCCCCCCCCGGCCCGGCAUGAUGCCAGCCCCACACAUGGGGGGGCCCCCGAUGAUGCCAAUGAUGGGCCCACCCCCCCCGGGAAUGAUGCCAGUUGGACCUGCUCCUGGGAUGAGGCCGCCCAUGGGAGGACACAUGCCAAUGAUGCCAGGGCCCCCAAUGAUGAGACCCCCCUCCAGACCCAUGAUGGUGCCAACCAGGCCAGGAAUGACCCGUCCAGACAGAUAAAGAUGGAGAUGGAGCUGCCUUUUCAUAAUAGGACCUUCCCUAUGACAAACACCACAGACCUGUGUCCCUGGGGCUUUGUACUCAGUGUGUAGAGGGAUUGUGCUGUAACCUCAGCGUAGGAAUGGACACACCCUGCACUGACUUGUACGAGGUCUGGCUUUUUGGGUGUCUCUUCAGUUGUAUUAUUUUUUCCCCCCUCAAUUGAAUGAUAAAAACAAGAAUAAACGUUGUUGUUUCCA